AUGCAUCGCCAUAAACUAUCCAACUCAUCAUGUAAAGAUGGCAAGAUGAAAACGCCUAAAUCAUUUAGACACAAGCCAUUUUAUGAAAGAUCUGAGAAACCCGAAAUCAAAAGCCAUAGUUCUAUCAGAUAUUUCAAGAACUACCAAAGCCAUGCAAAGGAAACGAAUUUUACAUAUCAAUAUGAAGAUCAUAAUACAUUUUCAUCAAUGGACAAUGAGCAAUGGAGGCAACAUCUCUUCGAUGUGAUGGCUGAAGAUGAAUGUGAUUAUUAUCCAAAUUCUUAUUAUGAAGAAAGAACUUGGGAUUCAAAAGGUAUAGACAACUUGUCCGAGGAUGAUUAUGCUGCAUUCAUUCGCAAAGGCAUGUAUGAAAAACAACAUGAACAAGAAUUAAAGGAUCGAAGAAAAAGAGAAGACGAAUUUAAACAGAAACAAAGAAUAAAACAGAGAAAAUUGGCAGAGAUGCAAGCGGAACAACAGCGGUUAAUCCGUCAUGAACAAGCACGCUUACAGGAGAUUAGACAUGAAAGGCGAGCCUUAUAUUUAGCUCUUUGGAAUCAAUUUGAUGUCAAUGGACAAUCUUCGAUUGAAUUCAAAGAUAUUCCAUGGCCUACCGCUGAUAUAAAAAAACUAUCAAAAGUCAGCGUAGAGGAUUUUUUAUUAUCAGGCAUUGAGGAUAAUUCUGAAAUCAGAUCUAUAUUACGUCAGGAACAGAUACGGUUUCAUCCUGACCGUUGGCAUCGAUGGAUUAGGCGGGUGCCGACAGAAAAACAAAAAAAGAAAAUAAUGGAAACUGUUACUGAAAUUUCUCGUACAAUUAAUGUGUUGUGUGAAGAAAAAUGUUCUUAA